UGGUUUUCCUGCCGUUCACGUGACGAGCGUGUGAUAAUCAGCUGGGGUUUGUUUGGAUCAUGGAGGCUGAUAUUUUGACUUUUGAACGAACGCUUUAGUUAGUUUGUUUUUUAUUUUUCGGACUUUGUUAUUUUCAUCUCGAUUGUCUCUUGGUUUGUGUUUCCUGGUGAAGGAUGUGUGUUAUUCCUGAGUGAUUGACAGCGGUUCGAGAUGCUGCAGGGGUUGAGCAGGGCAGAGGCGCUGGAGGUGGACCUGCUGCCGGACACGGGUGUGUGUGCAGGGGUUGAGGACUCAGGUGUGUGUGCCGGUGUUGAGGACACAGUGAGGGUCAGGCUCAGUAAAGGCCCGUCAGUGCUGUGCUGUCUGAAUGCUGGAGGUGAAGUGACCGUGAGGAACAUCUCUGAGAGCGUCAGAUCCUCGCACACACUUCAGCACUCCUGCACUGAUUUCCUGUGGGAAGACCUGUCAGAUCCCAGUGGUCGCGAUGUGAAGCCGAAGCUGCUUCUGCUGGACUCUCAGUGGGAUCUGAGACUGUAUGAGCUGACCCCUCAGGAUCAGGUUCUGCUCGUGUGUGUGACGCCUUCUGACUCGCUGCUGCGCUGCGUUCAGGACAAACACCCUGAUGUGUGUGAGCUGCUCUCUCUCUCUCCGCUGAGCUUCACCGAUGGCCUGUGUGUUCUGCUGGUCAACACGUGUGUCCUGCUGACGCUGCGCUGGACGGAAGAGACCUCAAGCCUCGAUACACACUCCUCCUGUCGCCUCGACACCCCGAUCCCGACGGGGGGAUCCUUCGUGGAUCAGCGGCUCUGCCGGGGGACGCUGUUCCUCCUGCUCAGCACUGGACUCGUGUACGUGUUGGACGGCACUGACGGGAAGCUCCUGGCGACGGUGGACUUUCCCUCAUACUGCGGGUCAGCUGACCUUCCUCCGUCCGUCUUGUUCUGUCUGAUCCAGAUCUCGCGUGAUCUCAGCACAGCGGUGACCGUGACCCGGCAGAACCAGGCCCUCGCCCUCGACCUCAACCACUACUUCCGGAUGUAUCCGGAUCACUUAUAUUGUCGCACCGCCGCUAAUCCGCCGUUUCCCAGGCCCACUGAAUCAUGGGAUCAGGACAGCCUCGCAAGCUCCGCCCACAGCCUAACCAUACUAGAGAAACCCUUCCAAACAGACAGGUCGUGGGAGUCGCGUCUAUCGCUGCUGUACAGUCGAUGUAAAGGCCCACAUCGCCCGGCUCGCAGGUUCCCCUGGUUCAGAGACUUCACACACAUCGAGUGCCGUCGGGCGGCCGCCACUGCCAAACUCUCCCAGUCCUCCGUGAAGCCAGGGGGCGCUGUGACGUGUUUCACCGUGCCGGAGAGAGCCAGGCCGACGGGCCUGAACGUGUCAGAGUUCUCCGCGCUGGUUACGUUCGUUUCUCCUGGGAACGCAAACACGGUUCUGGCCUACUGGGAUCUGGAGGGUCAAAGCGUCACGUACCAGCGGUCGGACGCUCCUGCCGUUCCCGUCCAGAGGUCUGACGACGAACACCUGUGUCUGUUACUGAAGGCGUCGGGUCUGUCGGUGGUUCUGUUCUGUGUGACGCAGGAGGAACUGUUGAACCGGCUGAUGGUGUUUGGCACCGCUGGUACGGUCGACUCGCUCUGCCAUCUGAACGCAUGGGGACGCUGUUCAAUACCCAUACAUGCCCUACAGGCCGGCCUCAAGAACCAUCAGCUGGACACGGUUGAUUUCUUUCUGAAGAGUAAGGAGAACAUCCUGAGCCCCGCGUCUGGGUUUGUUCUGCCCGAUCAAACGCCGGUCGCCUCGACCCAAACGCAGCUGAGGAAUGUUCAGGCUCUGUGUCCGGCGCUGGAUCUGCUGCGUUCUGCCAUACGGGACACACACACAGAAGCCCAGAGUCAUCAGUUCUGUGAACAACUGCUGAGCAUCACGCUGACCUUCCUCAACACACAAACCAAAGUCCUCCUCACCAGCGCACACGAGCUGGACGUGAACCGGCAGGAGUGUGUGCAGAUUUUAGACGGCUACAUCUCUGAUCUGCGCGGGUUCAUGAAGAAGUUCCCGUGGGCAGACGGAGGUGAAACACCGGUGUGUGUGAGCCCACGAGCUCCUGCGUCCAGCGCCGACACCGACUCGGAGUGGCAGUCGCUCUCUGAUGUGGGUGUUGUGCAGCGCGCUGUAUUGAGCAGAAGGAUCCCACAAGCUCAGGCUUUUCUGCGCAGACGCGGCUCUGUUGAAUGCAGUCUGGAGGACAUCAGGAAGACCGGAUUGAGACACACCUUUACCUGUCUCACUCACAGAGACCUGGAGCAGGCUAAAACACUGCUGACUAACAUGGGCUUUAAUGUGAAGGAGCAGCUUCACCGCAUCUGUGUUUUCACUGCCGAUCGGGAUCUAAGGGCCUUCAUGGUUGAGGAGCUGCAGAAGCAGAGUUACGUCUCGCGUGAGGAGUUUGAGCAGGUGGAGUUCAUUCAGACAAUCGAGAGCUUGUGUUCGACUCCUGCGACGAGAUGCUCAGGCCGUCUGGACAGCAGCAGGGUUCUGCAGAUAACCAGGUCCGAUCCCGACAGCAAAAGAGUUCUGGAGGAGAUCCUGCCGGAACCAGAGGCGUCGUCCUCCGGGUCGGUACUGGACCCCGUGCGUCUGGACUGGGUCAGACACUGGGACAUAGACGCUCAGAACGCCAUCCUUCUGUCCCGACUGCAGCCGUCCACUCGGGGUUCGUGGGACGCCGCUGUCUUGUGGUCGUAUCUCACCUCUCUGCACGAUUCUGUGCGGGUGUGUUCAUGGAUCUGCGGUUCUGCUGGAGAGAGGCCAGCGCUCACAGCGGACGUCAUCAACAGCAGCAGCCGGUGUGGGGAAUACCUGCGCCACCGAGUCCUGGACCUGCUCGCCCGACAGGGCCUGUUUGUGCAGUCCGAGAUGGAGGACUUUGAGCAGUUGCUGUGGCGACUGGGUCAAGCUGGUGGAGUGAUGCAUCAUGGGAACGGCCCUCCCGUCGCACAGUUCCAGGGGUCACAGGGUCAGGAGUUUCACCAGCGCUUCGUCCUGCACUGCCUGCAGAACAGCCUUCAGUACCUGCUCUACUGCUACCUGGAGCACUACAGGUUAACUCCGGAGAAUUGCCCGGUUCUGAGCGACAGGAACCUGUUCGAGAGUUUCCCCUGGUUUGAGAUGAUGCUGAAACUCCAGAAUAUUACCAGAGACCUUAAAGACCCCGAGCGUGUGUUUGAGGCCAGUGUGACGUGCGCCCAGGUGCUUCUCCCCGGCAGUCAGGCCAGCAUCAGCAGCAUGUUACUGGAGGGUCACAGUCUCCUCGCCCUGGCCACUAUCAUGUUCAGAGCCGGCGGCAUUGACCAGGCGGUGCGUGAGGGCGAGCGAGGGCAGGACCCACUGAGCAGAGUCGACCCGCAGCUUCUGAGAAUGGCUCUGAGUGCGUAUCCCAAACUCAGGACGGCCCUGUUCCCCCAGAGCGUCUCGAGAGACACAUCCCUCUACAGCCUCAUGCAGUCUUUGGAUCCAUUGGAUCCCUCCAAACUCUUCGGAUGGCAGUCGGCCAACGCCGUGGGCAGCACCGAAACGUUGAGCGAGCCGCCCCAUUUCUCCAGCCCUCACCUGGUCAAUAAAUUUGCGGUGGUUGAGAAUCUGGAUUUCCUGUAUUACCUGCGUCACGGCCGGCCUUCGUUUGCCUUCGGGGUUUUUCUCAUGCAACAUCUUAUCAACUGCAGUAAUGUGAAGCUACAGUUGUCUCUGGGUGCGGAUCAAGCGUACUCUCUCGGCCUGUCGAGUUUCAGCAGCGCCUGUGUGUCGGCGGCAUGUGUGUGUUUUUGUGAGCUCAUAGGAGUGUGUAGCCACAAACUGAGGGUGGAUCUGCGAGCGCUCAACCUCAUCCUCAAACUCUGGACUCAGAACCGCGAGGACGGAGCCGCAGCAUCGCUCACACUGACCCUCGGGGAAAAGGCGAGUAAGUUGUGUACGUCUGAGAGGGCGACGGCUCAGGAGCUGCUGGUGGAUCUGGAAACUGCAGUCAGAGACGGACUAGAGAAGAGAGGAAUCAGUCGCUCGUCGUUCGAGGCGGCGCAGGAGUGGGCUCUUCCGGUUCAGUUCUGCCGGCUCCACGCUCUUCCUCUGAGCUCCGCCUUCCCUCAGGCCUGCGCUCGUGACGCACAGUGGCUCCACUUCCUGCUGUUCGUGCAGGUGCACCAUUACCCCCUCCAGCAGGUGAAGUCUCUGGCUGCCGGCUUCAGUCCUGCUCUGCAGUCCCACAUUUCCCUGGCGUUCCAGGAUCUUGAUUCGACGAGCUCCCAUCAGCCUGUGGACGAGGCCCCGGGCCCCCCGCGAGACGAGCCAGGCCCCCCUCGAGAGCUGUUCCAGGUGCUGCUGCAGAGCCAGGAGAAGCCCCGGCCCUGGAGGACCCUGCUGUGUGAAGCUGUGCAUCAGCGCUGUCCUCCUCUGGCAGUGCUCGCCGCCUGCCACCAGGGCGCAGAGCUGCUGCAGUGCCUCUGCGUGUGGAUCCUGACGUCUGUCGAUGAUGAUGUCACUCACGAAGCCACCGCCCACAUCAACGAGAGCCCCGCCCAUCACGUGUGGAACCUGCAUGAUCUGUCCAUCGUGUGGAAGAUCCUCCUGUGCCGGAGAAAGAUCAGGCCUCUGAUUCGUGGCUUCCAGCUGUUUCAGAGGGAGUCGCCGCUCAUUUACAUGCUGAACAUGUACGAGUUCUGCUCCGACUACAAAGACUAUCAGCGAGCCAAAGACAAACUGCUGGAGUUUCAGAAGUGUCUGCUCAACUUGCGGAGCAGCAGUGUCAUGUCGAGCUCAGAUGUGCUGCCGGUCCAGUGGGUCGAGUCUCAGGCGUCGGUUCUGUUGCUGACGCUCCUGAAGCAGAGCCGGACUCAGUAUGAGCUGCGCCGUCUGCUUCAGCUGCUGGUGGACAUGGAGCGUCUGCUCAAAUCUAACGGUCUGGACUUUAAGAAGCUCAGCCAGUUGAGUCAGGUGUUGUCGGACACUCCCGUGCCGCUGUCUGCGUGUCUCCUGGAGGAUUACUCCAGCGCUGGUCUGCAGAGAGAGAGCCGGAUGAUGAUGGACGAGCUCCAGGAGCUCGGGCUCUUCACACAGGCACGCAGGGUUGCACAGUUAGCCGAGCUGCCCAUCGACUGCCUGAUUAUAAACGAGCUGCGGCGAGAUCUGAGCGCUCAUAAGCUCAAGCGGCAGUGGGAACGUCAGGAGACCCGGAUGGGCUUCUGGAGACGAUGUCAUCAGCAGAUCCUGACCGAUCGUGUCCAACCAGAGGCGGCCUGUCAGUUCUUCCUGUCUCAGGCUGAGGAGCCGAUCCGGUGUGAUUCUGAGCUGGUCCAGCUCGAGGAGCGCUGUCUCCUGCUGGGUCUGGCAGGUCACUGGUUGUCCCGCUGUGACGUUCCUCCACCAGUCCUGCGUCUCGGCCAGCUCGAGAAGCGUCAGUGGGAGUGUCGGAUCCAGCGACUGGUUCUCCUCACGGCUCUGGAGCGCCAGAGUUUGUUCGCUCCCUCGGCUCUCUCCGAAGACUCCUUCGAAAGCCUCCUCAAAGAGUUCUCCUUCUCCAGAAUGUGGGCUCUGAGCGACCCGGCGCACCUGAGCCUGGACGGGCUCCCGGCGUCAGGUGACGAGUGCGUGUUGUCGGAGGACGAGCGUAAGGCGCUGGACGCUCUGAUCGCGCAGAUGCUGAACGAGGGCGCCGUGAACGAGGCUAGUCGCGUGUGCCGCUACUUCGGCUGGUUUCACAGAGACCUGUGGCUCGUUCUGAGGUGUCGGGGUUUAGCGUCCGGCGAGAUGAUGCCUGACCUUCACAGUCCUGAUGGAGAAACUAGACGCAGUUUACCAUCAUCGCCCAGCAUGAACAGUCUGUCAUCGUUUGUGGUGGUGCCGUCUCCCGACGAUCCGGUUCUGGUUCAGCUCAAACAACUGGUGGAUCAGUGCUGCAACGGCAAGAGUUACUGCAAACAAGUGCUGAGCCUCUACGAGCUCUCCAAGGAGCUGCAGUGCUCGUUCGCUGAGAUCUCGUCUGAGGAGCCCGAGGCGGUUCUGAAGAAGGUCCUGCUGUCGCAUCAGUCGGAUCGCUAUAAGAGAGCGCAGGCGUUCAUCAGCGUCCAGGGCCUGGAGCCCGACGCCGUGGCCCGGCUCGUCUCGUCCGCGGUGCUGGAGGGGUUACUCGCGUCGGCUCAGGACGGAGAACCCGGACAGCGGCUGAUGUUCGGCCCGUCUGACGGGAAAGAGGCGUUCCUGCAACUGGCUAAACUGUGUGGAGAUCCAAACCUGGUGGGCAUCAAACUCCUGGACAGCAUCCCGACGGUCCCGCUGUCCGAGCUCAGCGUCACUGUGGAGAUGUUGAUCUUGGCUCACGACUGCUUCAGUGUGACCUGUAACAUGGAGGGCAUCGUGAGGGUCCUUCAGGCGGCGCGUCAUCUGAGUCACACACACCUGGCUCACGGCGAAGGCUACGGGCUCCUGGUGCGUCUCCUCACAGGCAUCGGCAGGUAUAACGACAUGACGUACAUCUUCGACCUCCUGCACCAGAACCAUCGCUUCGAGAUGCUCCUGAGGAAGAAGGUCGAGUCGAACGUGCGGCUGAAGACGGCUCUGCUGGAAUACAUCAAGCGCUGUCUGCCGGGCGACAGUGAGAAACACAACAUGGUGGCUCUGUGUUUCAGCAUGUGUCGAGAGAUCGGGGAAAACCACGAGGCGGCCGCGCGAACACAACUCAAGAUCAUCGAGUCGCAGCCCUGGGUGAUCACUGUGGAUCUGAAGAACGCUCUGCUGAAGGUCCUGACGCUCCUGAAAGACGCCGCUGAGAGUUACUCAAAGGACUCGUGUGUGCGUCAGGCGGUGAAGUGUGUGAAACUGGCCAAACUGGUGACGCUCCAGUUGCACUUUCUGAAUCAGGGACAGGACCAGCGCGUCGUGAAUCUGCCGCCGGCAGACAUCCAGAACACCAUCGUGUCUUUACCCCGCUGUUACCAGGCGUUCGUGUUGGCCGAAGCGUACGACUUCAGUCCGGACUGGGCCGAUCUCCUCUAUCAGAAGGUCGUCCUCAACGGAGAGUUCCUCUAUCUGGAGGAGUUUAAGCGCCACCGGUCGCUGAGCGCCGGCCUCUUCCACGACAUCUCCAAAAAAAUGUGUCAUCAGAAGUGUCCGGCGAGCUCCAGUCAGAAUCUGAAGAAGCUUCUGUCUCACUGCGAGGACGUUUACACACAUUAUAAACUGGCGUACGAGCACCAGUUCCUGGACGUGGCCAACAUGCUUCUGCAGGACUCCCGGAGCAACAGCUUCCUCAACGACCGGCUCGGCACCUGACACAACAAUAAUCAGAAUAAUAAUCAUAAUAAUAAUAAUAAUCAACAUGUGUCUGGAGGGCUCCCGGAGCAACAGUUUCCGACUCGGCUCCUGAUCUUUCAAUAUGACAAAAUAUGGACACAAAUCAAAACAAAAUUUCCUUUGAUUCAUUUCCAGUAAAAAUACAUUUUUUUAAAAAUUGACAAUUUUCAGACGUCUAUAUUCGUGUCGUGAAGUUCUCUCCCCAUUAACACUGUAAACACCGUUUCCCUGCUGUCAUUGCGGCUGAUGAAGUGAGUUCAUCCUUAAAACAAGAACACACAUUCCCCAGUGAAGACAGAAUAAUUAACUUCAUUCAAAGAGAAAACAAGGUUAUUUUUUUACUCAGUUUGCAGAUAUUUGUUCUUGUUUUUCGCAACAAAAAUAU